CCUAGAAAGUGUUGAAGGAUAUCGACAUAAUGUGUGCCUCUACAAACUAGGGUUUGUUGUAGAGUUGUAAUAGGAGUAGUUAUAGAUUCCCUAAUUAUGUUUGGACUCUAUUACCUUUACGGUACUUUGUAAUUCCCUAUAUAUAGGGCUCCUAUUAUCAAUAAUACACACAACUAUUUCUACACAAUUCUAUUAUCCUACAACACGUUAUCAGCACGAGUUCUAACCCUAGCUUCAGAAAAGAAAAGAAAAAAACCUAGAACUUCCUCUCUGCCGCCAACCCAAAACAAAACAAAAAAAAAAAAAUCUCCAUUCCGGCCUGCCUCAGCCUCACCUCAUCUCAUCUCACCUCACCGGCCGAACCUGCAAACCCAGCAGCCCAGCCCGGCCGGCCUCCUCCCCAGCGCCCCCGCGCCCAGACGCCUGCGGCUCAGCACACCAGCCUCACCCCAGCAGCCCACUGCAGCCCCUGCUGCCUGCACUGCUUCCUGCGCGCUGCUGCCUCCCUGCCAGCACACCACAGCCUCCCUGCCACUGCGCUGCUCCUGCUGCACGUCCCUGCCAGCCUACCGCGACCCCGCAGCCCGCUCAGCAGCCCUGCAGUACGCUGCGACCCCGAGCACCGCUAAGCAGCCCCGCAACCCCGAGCACCAGUACGCUGCUUCCCUGCACCCAUACCACCAGCGAACUGCAGCAGCGACCCACUAGCAGCACCGCCUCCGAUUUGCACCACCAGCAGCAGCCCAGUCCGCCUGCAGCCUAGGAGGAAGAAGAACGAACGAAAGAAAGAAGAAGAAGACCGAAAAAAAAAAAUAAUAAAAAAAAGAGAAGGGCUGGGCCCGAAAAAAAAAAAAGAAAAAAAGGGAAAGGGUUGGGCCCGGAAAGAAAAAAAAAAAGGAGAAAGAAGAAAAAAAAAAGGGGAAGGGAGAAGGGCAGCCCACCAACUGCCAUUUCCGACCAGAUUCCAGCGAUCUUAUUUUAGCUACACGCCUGCAUCAACACGCGCGUGUCUUCAAGCCAAGAACAAUCACGAUGUCGAAUGAACCUAGACUCGACUUUCCCAUGCUUGACUCAACAGGCUCAGAUUACCACAGUUGGGUAACCGAUGUUGAGAACCAUCUCACUUCAAAGGGAAUAUUACCCAUAAUCCAGGCACCUAACCCGGAUCUUGUGUUCAUCAGAACAUCUGCAAAGAAUGCUCAAGCAGUUAUCUUGAUGCGACGUCAUAUGGACAAAGCACUCAGAUUGGAGUAUAUGUCGAUCAAGGAUGCAAGAGAGCUAUGGGUAGCGCUAGAAGAGCGUUUUGGCAAUGUCCAAGAUUCCCUCCUCCCUGACUUGAAAGUUCAAUGGAACAAUCUGCGCUUUGCUGACUUCAAGUCUGUUGCUGAAUAUAAUUCAGAGGCUCUUCGCUUACAAUCCAUGUUGCGAUUCUGUGGACAACCUGUCACAGAGCAAGAGCUAAUUGAGAAAACUCUCUCCACCUUCCCCGUCUCAGCCAUUGUGGUAUCAAAGCAAUACCGUACUGAGGUUAAUGCUGGACGGAUCACGAGGUUUCAUCAGCUUAUCAAUAUCAUAUCUGUAGCUGAGAAACAUGAUAACAUACUCGUGAGAAAUUAUAAUUCAAGGCCCAUUGGAACUAAGAGCGUUCAUGAGGCGAAUUAUAAUGCACCCAAAAGAGGGCGCAAGGAGCGAAACCCUAAUGAGGGACAUGAAGGACGUAUGGGUCCAUAUAACCGCCCUAAUAAGGAAGGAAACCGCAAGUUUGGUGCGGAUACACGUGGUGGCAAUGUCACACGUGGGGGAGAUGGUCGUGGUCGUGGUCAUGGUGGUUGCGCCAUGGCUCGUGGUGGAGGUACCAUGGGUCGUGGUGGUGGCACCAACCCUCCUAGGGAACGCCCACAACGUGCACAACGUGCACCUCAAUUAAAGGGAGGCAACCGCAAUGAUGAGUGUCAUCGAUGUGGAUCAAUUGAGCAUUGGUUCAAGCAAUGCAAGGCAAGUGAGGAACUAGCUGCAAGAUACAGGGCAUAUAGGGACCUGAGAGAGCAAGAAGUGUACCUUGCAGAAGAAGAAGAAGAUGGUGGAGAUGUCAAUCUCACCAUAGAGGACUUCAAAGCUGAAGAUGAAGUGCACAUGGAUGCAACAGACUUUGAUUAGAUUAGUCCUUUUUAUUUUUCCAAGAACUUUUGUAAUGGCAAUUUGCCUUAGUCAAUAAAUGACAAUUGUAUUAACUCUUUCUUAUGUGGCGGACCCAAUAAAAUGUGAUGUCUAGGAAAGUCAUUGAGAUUAUUGGUACUUAAGAGAGCCUCGCUCCACCAACAUCUCUCUCUACUUCCCUGGUCAUAUUUGAUUGGAGUUACCAAACGGAUAGAGUGACUACAAUGUGUCUUACUUUGAUUUUAUUUUGGAUUAGACUUUGGAAACUUUGAUGUAAUCAUUGGCUAUUAAUAAAGUGUCAAUUCUUUUACUUAAUGUCUUGGACAUACAUUAAUUCGAACUUUAUUAUAUAAGAGCCAAUGUUUUUCAUGUGGAAACACAUUAUGAGAAUGGACAGAGUUCCUUUGCAUCACCUCUAAUGACUACGAACGUAAACGAGUAUUAGAGAAACUUAUGUGUCGCUCUAGUGGGUUGUAUGCAACCACUAUUUGAGUUAUUGAAUCCAACUAUGUCAUGAGAGACGACUUAUGGGAUUUUGGCACAUAUAGGCUUUGACAUGAUGAUCCGUGUAUUAAAGACUUUACACAGACAUCCAUUUUCAGAACGAAGAAAAGUAAGAACCAAGAAUUGGUUCGAGGAGCUGCACAUGCGCCUCAUGGCGUCAUGAUUGUGCAAAGACAGGCCAUACAUGGCCAGUGCCGCCUACCCCCUGCGGCAAAUACAUGGCAUUGACGCCAUAAACUCCUCUCUCUACUUCUCAAGUCUAUUGUGACAUUAUGGCUUAACCAAAACCUUCAUUGGUUGAUUAUAAAGCCCAUGUUUCGUUCUGUAAAGCCUGUUAUUUAGGAUUGAGACCAUCCUAUGCAAAGGAGAUUGAGGAAAUAAUUCCAUUCUUACAAAGAAUCCAAGGGAAUUCUAUGGAUUUGAUCAACCAACUUGCGGACCAUAUAGAUGUUUUAUGGUGUUGGUUGAUACGCAAACACGCUGGUCACGUGUUGUGCCAUUAUCCACUCGUAAUGCUGCUUAUACUACACUCCUAGCACAUAACAUAUGGCUACGGGCUCACUACCCAGAUCAUCCCAUUCAGUCAAUUUGACCUGAUAAUGUUAGAGAGUUUACAUCGACAGUUUUCGAUGACUAUUGCAUAUCAUUGGGUAUUGAUAUCAAGUAUCAUAUUCCCAUGUACACACCCAAUUGAUCUCGCGGAAAAGCCACCAUUAAACGACUACAAUGGUAGCCCGGACAUUGGUAAUGCGCACCAAUAUUUCCGCUUGGGUUAUGCAAUAUCGCAUGCAGCUAUGCUAAUUCGUCUACGACUCAUAGCAGCCACUCAACUUUUAUUUGCGUUACAGCUAGUGACUGGGUUCGAGUCUAAUAUCUCGUAUUUAUGCAUAUUUGAGUGUGCGAUUCAUGUGCCAAUUGCGCCGCCACAGCGCAUCAACAUGAGUCAUUGCAACGAAUGCAUAUAUAUAUAUAUAUAUAUUUGUUGGACAUGAGUCUCCAACUGUAAGUCCGCUAUGUAGAACCCUUGACAGGCGAUCUCUAUUUCGCUGGAUUUGCGAAUUGUCACUUUGAUGAGACAGUCUUCCCGUCGUUAGGGGGAGAUUAGAACGUCAAUGUUCAACAGGAACGACAGGAAUUGUCGUGGUCUGUCCCCACUAUGUCUCAUCUUGAUCCCCUAAAAGUGACGAGAUCACAUAUACUUGCUGCAAACAUGCCUGCAAGGAUUGAUGUCCCCACAAGAGGACAUGGUGCCACCCAGAGAAGAUGGGUACUGCACCACUACCAUGGAUGGUAAUAUGGUGACGCCACAAGGUGGCAUAAUGGCGUCAUAGGCCAUGGGUUCCGCUAGAGAGCGUAGGAGACCCAUAGGUUCGAUGGAUUCUCUUCCUAAGAAGAGAGCGAGUUUGGCACAACUUGAUCCAUUGAUCAUUGAUACUCAAAAUCCAUCUCAUGAGAAUAUUUUGGAUUGUGGUUAUGUCCAAGAGACAUCGUUGGGGGACGCCUCAAUGUUAGAACCAAUUCCUGAGAAUAUAGAGAUCUCUACGAACUACACUAGUGUACAUGAGGACGUGGAAUUAUUGAGACCAAUGACAUCGAACCUUACUCCGUUGAAGAAUGCCAACGUAGAGAAAAUUGGCCUAAAUGGAAAGAUGCGAUCCAGGUUGAAUUGGAUUCACUAACGAAGAGGAAGGAUUUCGGGCCUGAGAUGCCAACACCUCCUAACAUAAAACCUGUUGACAUUAAUAGGUCUUCGUUAGAUAGCGUGAUGAGAGAAAGAGAUGGCAAUCUCGCCUUAUGGCGCAAGGUUUCUCACAACGCCCUGGAAUCGACUACGAGAAGACAUAUUCUCUCGUAAUGGAUGUCAUUGCACUCCACUACCUUGUCAGUUUGGUAGUUUCCAAAUAACUGAACAUGCAGCUUACGAAUGUGGUCACUACGUAUUUCUAUGGGGAUCUAGAUACGGAAUAUAAUGAAGGUUCUUGUGGACUUUGUUUACCCAAGUCAAGUGGCUCUAGACCACGGAGCGCAUUUGCAACGAGGUUGAAAUGCUCACUAAAAUGACUACUUGAUUGGGAAGGGAUAUGAUGAACUAUGCCCACGCGUUUCCAUGACAAGUUCCGGAUUUGCAAUUGUCGCGGUUUAUGUUGAUAAACAUAAUUGGAACCCUUGUGAGUUAAGGAAAACCGCUGAACACCUGAAAUCCGAGUUUGAGGGGAAGGACCUUGGGAGAACACGGUUUUGUAUACCGUGUCAAUAGAUGCUUAGACAUUUUUGAUAAAGUCAAAGAUGCACCAUGGUCGUCCGUAGUCUUGGCCCUAAAAUGGAUCCGUUUCGUCCCAGGGAUGAUGACGAAGACGUGUUAAUAGCAGGAAUGCUUACUCAUGUACAAUAGGCGCAUUAUUGUACUUAGCACAAUACAAGACCGGACACCUCAAUUGUUAUGAACUUGUUGGCUAGAUGUAGCCAUGCGCCAACGCAACGCCAUUGGACUGGUAUAAAAACAAUCUUUCAAUACUUGAGAUGUACGAUUGAUAUGGGCUUGUUCUAUCCCUACAGAGAAAAGAGAUGACGGAAGUGUGGGAUCGGACCCCACAAGGCAAAAUGCCACCUUCCGUGCUCCUCAUCCCCUCCAUCAAAAUGACAACAAGCACUUCUAAAUAUUGAAGUGAACCAUAUCCAAUCAGAGGAUAAUGUAGCGGACUUAUUUACUAAGUCGUUACCAAAAUCCACCUUCGAGAAACAUGUGAAGAGCAUCGGAUUGAGAAAGUUAUCCGAACUCCCAUGAUUGUAGCAAUCAGGGGGAGAUAUUGACAUCAGGGGGAGGCAUGAUGUCUACAUGUUCGAUCUCGAAGAGUGAAGGACGUGUUGUGCUCUUUUUGUCCUUCGACCAGGGUUAUUUUUGUCCCACAGGGUUUUUGUUACCUGGCAAGGUUUUUAACGAGGCAACAAUCAAAGCGUCAUCACCAAGUUUGAGCGGCACAAGGGGGAGUGUUGAAGGAUAUCGACAUAAUGUGUGCCUCUACAAACUAGGGUUUGUUGUAGAGUUGUAAUAGGAGUAGUUAUAGAUUCCCUAAUUAUGUUUGGACUCUAUUACCUUUACGGUACUUUGUAAUUCCCUAUAUAUAGGGCUCCUAUUAUCAAUAAUACACACAACUAUUUCUACACAA